AUGCAAUGUCUUUGUCCUCUCCGAAACACACUAUGCUCUCAACUUCCAACCUCAACCUAUCGCAUGCUCCUGCAGGCCAAAAUGACACCUGUGACAGUUUUAAGAAGAGAUUUGACUGCAAAAAUCAAGAAUCAGAAGUUGAAUCAAAAUAUUAGCCGAGUUGAUCGAAGAAACGCCGCCUAUCUUCUGCGACACACAACCUGGAAGGAUUUAGUGGAAUUAUAUGAAAUUGCAAAGCCAUUUCGAAAAUGGAUUUUCUGUGAGUUCGAUUGGAAAUUUAAUCAGCUUCAACGAAUUUUUUUAGUAGGUACAAGUUUCAUGGUGGUGUCCAGUGGUAUCUUUUUGAUUAUUCCCCGAAUUCUUGGUAAACUUAUUGAUCAAUUCGACAAUAAUACAAAAAGGUCGGAAGAGGAGAUUACGAUGAGAAUCGCAAAGUUUUUCAAAGACCAACCAAUGGCUUUAGUUGGAUUGUUAGCGGUUGGAGCGUUGGCAACAGCUGCAAAAGUUUAUUGCCUACAGAUUGCAGGUGUCAAUAUUGUUGGAAGCCUUCGGAAGGCAGUGUACAGCUCAAUUAUUCGGCAGGACAUGACAUUUUUCGAUAAAAACAUGGUCGGAGAAAUCGGUUCCCGCCACGCUGCUGAUACUGUGAUCGUUGGCUAUUCCGUCUCAUCAUCACUACGUGCUGGAGUUCGUGCAGUGUUAGUAGGCGUUGGUUCGGUUGGCAUGAUGCUUAUGACAUCACUGGAACUCUCUACUGUAUCUUUUCUAACCGCGCCGAUUGUAAUAGGAAUAUUCAAAAUGUUUGGAAGAGUGCAACAACAGUGUACGUGGCAGUUACAGGAAGUCGCAGCAGAUGUGAAUCAGACGGCGAUCGAGAGAAUGGCUAAUAUGAAAACUGUCAGGAUGUUGAGUGCUGAACAACAAUCAAUUGAUGAGUACUGCAAGAAAGGAGAACUGGUCCUGGAUAUUUCAAAAACUGAAGCAUUGGCGAAAGGAAGUUUGAUUGGAUCGUUCCAAUUCACAGGAUACUCUGCAUUCUCAUCUAUCUUGUUCUACGGAAGUCAUUUGAUCAACACAGGACAUAUUACUUAUGGAGAACUCUCUUCCUUCUGCCUUUAUGCGGUUCUUGCUGCUGCAAGUCUCUCCAAUAUAUCAGGAUUCUACAAUGAAGUGAUGAAAGGUCUCGGUGCUUCUUCUCGUUUAUUGGAACUCAAGAAUUCUCAGCCUGUUAUGAAUCUUACCACUGGAAUUAGAAAGACCGAUGUCCAGGAAGCGAUUCGCUUUGAAAAGGUGUCAUUUGCUUAUGCUGGCCGGAAGAAGACGCUUGAAAACAUCUCAUUCAGCAUUCCACGUGGAAAAAUUACGGCAGUGAUUGGUCCAUCUGGUAGUGGGAAAUCAUCAAUUGCAAGCCUAAUGCUGAGACUUUAUGACCCAGCAGAUGGAAGAAUCACUGUCGAUGGUGUGGACCUCCGAGAAAUCAAUGCGACUGCUUGGCGUCAUGCAAUUGGAACUGUAGGACAGGAACCUGUACUUUUUACUUGUUCGAUUCGCGAGAACAUUUUGAUGGGAGCAGAAAACCCAGAAAGUAUUAGUCAGUUCCAAUUAGAAGAGGCUGCACAAUUGGCGAACGCGUUGGAUUUCAUUCAGGGAUUUGAGAAUGGUUUUGAGACGAUGGUCGGCGAGCAUGGAUGCAAGUUAAGUGGUGGACAGAAGCAAAGAAUCGCCAUGGCUCGUGCUUUGAUUUCCAUGCCGAAGGUUAUGAUUCUAGACGAAGCAACAAGUGCUCUCGAUGCCACGUCGGACUAUUUGAUUCGAAUGACUUUGGAUAGUUUGCUGAAAAACCAUAAUUUGACUGUAUUGGUAAUCGCACACAGCGAUUUGUCUCAAUGCCUUUUCUACAGACUUGCCACAAUGCAACAAGCCGAUCAAGUCGUUUUUGUGAAUCGUGGUCGGAUCGAAGGCCAAGGAACUUUUGAUGAGAUGAUGAAAGUUCAGAAUUCGAUAGUUGAGCAGGAAGCGAGGCGACGUGGAAUUCCGAUGAAUGAGCAGAUGAGUCGAGUGAAUACGCCGACAGCUUAUGGAACUUCUUUGAAGUUUUAG